AUGCCACCUCACUCAUCUCACCUGCUGCAGCCACUUGACGUUGGCUGCUUCUCGCCGUUGAAGCGCGCGUACAGCCGUGAGAUUGAGGCUCUGAUCCGCCACCACAUCAACCACAUCACCAAGCUUGAAUUUCUGCCAGCGUUCAAGGCAGCCUUUGAUCGCGCGUUCACAACAGCCAAUAUCUGCUCAGCCUUCCAAGGCGCAGGCCUUGUCCCUCUCCAUCCUGACGUUGUUUUGUUAAAGCUAGACGUGAAGCUGCGCACGCCUCCUCUAGCUGCUCUGCCAGAGGCUCUCUGGGAGGCUCGUACGCCAAGCAACCACAGGAGCUCCUCACCUGCCUCAAUUAUUGAAGCGAUUGAUCAGCUUAAGAAAGGAGCUGAGGUGAUGAUGCUCUCUGCUGAGCUUAUGCGCGAUCGGAUAGCCAGCCUAGAGAGUGCCAAUGAGGCAGCGUCAGAGCGAAAAAAACGCAAGAAAAAGCGACUCCAGAAGCGUGGAGUCUUAACAAAGGGAGCUGGAGAGGAUAUACUUGCUCAACGUGAGGCUGAUCAGCAGAUUGCGCGUGAAGAGCGUCACGGAGGAGAGCAAUCAGGCCUCAGCCGCCAGGCUCUGACGCGCUGCACGAGGUGCAGAGAGACUGGCCACAACUCACGUACGUGCAAAAAGGACUCUAUAGAUACUUCUUAA